CUUGGCGAAAUUUAUGCGUAGCUUUUUAAUGCGCAAACGUGGCGACCUAACUGGACUAAAAUGCCCAAGUAUUAUUGCGAUUACUGUGACACUUACUUAACUCAUGACUCGCCAUCAGUGCGGAAGACCCACAAUGGUGGCCGCAAACACAAGGAAAAUGUGAGAUUUUACUACACUAAGUGGAUGGAAGAACAGGCACAGAGUUUGAUUGAUCAGACAACUGCUGCUUAUCAAGCUGGUACUGCCAUUCCACCCCCACAGGUCACUCACCUGCCACCCCCUGGAAUGUUACCACCUCCACCCCCUGGAAUGAUGCCACCACCAGGAGCCUUACCACCCCCUGGAGCCUUACCAUUUCCUAUUCCACCCCCUGGGGCCAUGCCACCACCAGGGGGUGUAAGACCGCCUCCUGGGGGACCACCCCAUGGGGGACCACCCCAUGGGGCACCACCAGGAAGAAUGCCAGCACCACCUGGAGGAGGAAAUCAGCCAAGGCCAGUUGUAGGAAAAUCUUGAUGACACUUGUGUUUAGGGAACAAAUUUUUGUUUACCUUGUGAUUGACUAGUUAUGCAUGAACUUAUCCAAAGAGGUUUACACAACCCAGAUGAAGAUCUGUUUGGAAAGGGAACGUUUUGACUUUUAGAAGGACUUUAAUUGUACAGAGGUGAGCAUGUUGAAGGACCCAAACAAAUUUUUUUCUCCUAGUCUCUGAAAUGUGAAUUGCAAAGGUGUGCUUGAAAUUUAUAUUUUUAAGUUCAGUCUCUCCUUAAGCAAGGUGCUCUUCUCUGGAACCCUAACAAAAGACACCAGUACCAUGUAAAUGAAACAGUAUAUCCUAGUCUAUACUAAAUAACCAGCCCUCUCUCUGUUUCUAGAUCCCAUUGGCAGAUAUGGUUAGUUAUUUAAUUUUUUCCAAGUUUAUAUAAAAAAUACAAUAAAAUGGUUCAUACUUACUUCUGAAAUAAGAUUUUUAACGUAACUACAGUUUAUUUGCUAAUAAAACUACAGUGAAACUUA